CCCGCGUUAACAUAAGUUUUUACUUACCUAUAUGUACACCUGUUUCCCCCCCGCGAAUUUUUCCAAGUUGCCAUGUCUCAAUCAUCUGUGCAGGUCGUGGCGGUGCCACCGCGACAAGGAAUAACUACUCCUGCACUAGUAGGCUAUCCUUCCUCUGUACAUACUUCUCCAUUUUCUAGUAAUCCUCACUCUCAAUCUACGAGUGCUUUUAGCCUUGACGUCCCCUCGUACUCGCGUUCGCGACCGUCAUCUGUGACCUCUCACACUGGUUCUCUUUCUGCGACCACGUCCUCGCAUAGCGCUGGUGCUAUUCCUACUCUUGGUCUGGACGCCCGUUCGCGAUCACCACCUUCUAUAUCUGCCAGCUCAUCCUCGUUUUCCUCGCAUGUACGCCGUCCUACAACAGCACCAGCCAGGAGCACUGGCGCUAUUCCCACUCUCGGUCUGUUCCGACGGCAGCCCAAGGAUGACCCAGUGCCUCCCCCUCCUACCCAAGCACCAUUGGGGCAUAGUCGCUCAGCAUCAUUUCCAUCCCCAUCAAUCUCCCCGCCAGCCGACACAUAUUCCCCGGCUGCUUCUCGCCCCACUACAAGCCCUUCGGUAUCCCGAAAUCCGAAUGAUAAUUGGAUGUCAUCUUCUCCAUUCGGUCCUGCGCAAUCGAUGUCAUCACAACCAGUUGUGAUGCCUCUUAGCGCACGGGAGUAUCGCAAACAAAAGCGCACCAGCAUGAUGACCAACACGCUCUCUUCGGCCACAUAUAACUCACCGGCAACCGAGGGCUUGGGCAAGGAAUAUGUAAAUCCGCUACCUCAUAUCAUAGUUUCCGACUCUGAGGCCUCCGGUGCUUCUCCUUCCGCUCCCCCAUCUGGAAACAGGUCUUCCAGGCGUGCCUCGACACCCUCGCUUCCGUCCUCACGCAUUACCCAAUCAUCUGUCCUUCCCGAUUCUCGGGAACCCGCUUUGUCCGAGAAAAGCUCGAUCAGCACCUUCUUCUCAUUUUCGUCCAACAACGAGGCAGAAAAUGCCGUUAUCACUGUGAUUGAUCCCGGCGUAACACCGCGCCGCAGGAAGUCUUACCCCAGCCCAACUCAGCGUCAUUCACGAAUUAGUCUCGUAGAUGCUGUCAAUCGCCUCUCGCAGAUCAGCGGGGCAAGUGGGGAUACCGUGUUUUACGACAUGGAGGACGGUCAUACCCCUCAUCAGAGACAGAUCUCUGUGACCGAGGAUGAUGGCGUGCUCAGAAGGGCGAGCUCGCGAAGGAAAAAAACGGAGGCGCCUUCCCGCGAAGUGGCAUUGACGGUCACCGCGGCAGAACGUAUCGCACCACAAGAACGCACUCGCGUAGUCAGGAUUCUGGAAGCCAACGAAGUUUCUUCUGCUCCCGUCAGCAGGUUUACCGACGCAUCCCAUGACUCUGAAGAAGUGGCUAAAAUAAGCCCAGAGUGUGGUGUUUCCGGUGACAUAUCCACCGAGCGGGCCGCUUCUCAAUCGAAGAUUGUCUCGACGGCGCCAGUAACUUCUUCCACCGAGGUCCAGGUCCGAUCUCGCAAGAAGCUUACCAAAUCCCGAACACAAUCAGUUCAGGCACCGCCUGCGCGAUUGGCAGCUCCAUCAUUGCCCUGGAUUCCUCGCAAUAGGGGCAGUGCAAAGCAGAACAUGCCAAAGGUUUCCACAUCGGAUGUGACACUGCAGGAAAACGUUCCGCAGGCUCAAGAGAUAGGAGAUAACGGGAAGGACAACAAACGUCGGAGUAAUCGACUGACGUUUCAGUUCAUUCCUUCUCCCUCCUUUAACAGGCGCCCCAAGUCGGUUUCAGGCGUUGCUCCGAGCCUUGACUUGAAGUCUCCCAUGCGGAAUGACACGCGGGAAAGACCUGAGUCCAGGUUCGGAACGGAUAGUACAUUGAGUAACCUUACUCUCACGCAAGGUAGCGCAACCACAAUCACCCUGAUACCUCCACCUCCUAUCACAUCUUCUUCCAGUGUCUCCUCAAGUGCGGGAAACUCUAUUUCGAGUUUAACUGAUGGCAGCAACACGACAAUGGUGUCGCGGGACACUAGCGCUACUUCUAUCGUUGCUCCAAGUCUCCAAACCGUUUCUCGUGGCGUAGAGUAUCCCCACCCAAAAGUCCCGUCAAACUUGAAGAAGAGCGUUGUAGCGCAUCCAGGUAGUGAAUCUGACAGUGACGAGUCUGUAGUCCAGCGGGAGGGCUCACGAGAUGCGUCUGCGACUUUCAUCGGCCCCCCUCCUGCCUCAUACGAUCAAGAAAUGCCAGAAUCUUCAUCAUUUUCCACCGCCUCCUCCUAUGUCUCUUUCACCUCAGAUUUCUACAUCAGGCUCUAUGCACAAUCGCCAGAAGUCACCCUCGGCUCGCAUGCCUUGCUCAAGUACAGCGAUCAAGCACCAGAUCCCAAUCUCCAUCCUAUGUGGACGGUCCCCAUGGUCACGAUUACCCCUGCCUCCCCAACCACCCCUGCACCAGGUAUUACGGAAAUUCCUCCAACGCUUCGCGAACCUCCUGUACGACUUAUUUUAACCCCAGCCCCUGCCCCCGUUCCCACCCCAAAGUCCACGGCACGCCUGAAGCGCCCACGCCCACGGACGGCACCAGCUUCACCCACUGCGUCAACCCUUCCAUCUGCGAAAUCAUCACGCACACAGAAAGCCACCGGCAAUUCGUCAGGAUUUAAAUCUAUGUUCCGCAAUCUCUUUGGGCGGGCGGGAUGAUAUCAUUUCAGGGACAUCCAUGAUACAGGGCUAGAAGUUGAUGCUGAUCAUAUCUACUGGUGUCGUUGUUAACGAAAAGACGCCUGCACGUAAAUGCGCUCAUCGAGAUACCCACCCCUGUUAUUACUUGUCUUGGGCAUACUAGUACGUGAUGUUAUUCUUGGGGACUGUGUUUUUUUGGACAUGACCGUCAGGGGUGAUGGUCGUCGGUUUAUUUGCAUACAUACAGUACUAUAGAUAUUCUUGAUGAUGGCUGCUUGGACGAGGCGAUGAAGACAUCUUGGAACUACUAAUUAUAAGUUAAUAUACUAUUGAUGGAUACCAUGCGAUGGGAGACUUAAAACGUGCUGGGCCCGACUGGUUUCAUGCCGAGGACUUCAGCGGCGUACCGACACCGCUGACGAUAACUACAAAAUACUAGUACUUUAUCUUUAUUAUAUGGAAGGAACGAUCAUCUUCCUUC